UCCAAGUCAGCCGCUGAUAAACCAUGGACGGAACUCAAUGGCCUUUCCUCGUCCUCCCAGUCGCAAAUCAAACGGCAACAUACCUGUCAGUUGACCAGUACCAUAGCUGACCGCCAUCAAGGUCGAGAUCGAGACCCUCGAUUUACAUUACCUUAUAAGAAUUCCCCAGACUUGAUCUCGCUUGGCGAUCCCUUCCCGGUCCGGCCAUCUGGGGAAACGGAAACCCCGCGCGCCCUCGAGCAAACGAAAGGAAUCCCUCCGCACCGGUCGCUGCUUUCUCCCACGCCAACAACCAAUCGUCCCGGCCUGAUUUCCAUCCAAAAUGUCCUCAGAGUCGCCGCAGCUUGAUAUGGCACCACCCCAGCCGGAUUCUGGGGAGCCAAAUGCCGCCCUGGAUGCCGAUACGGGGAAGAGGAAAGCGGAACCGGCCAACGGAACUCAUACUCGCUCCAAGCGGAAUCGCUACAUCUCCAUCGCUUGUAAUGAAUGCAAAAGACGGAAGAUCAAGUGUAAUGGCCAAGUGCCCUGCCAGCGCUGUGGACACCUUAACCUCGAAUGUCGAUAUGCCCCAAACUGCUGCAACAAUAACUUCAAGGAUUCCGAGGAAUUUCGGUCAAUGAAAGACCAGAUCAAAACGCUACAGGAUCAGGUCAACAGUCUUUUUACGAAUCUGAAAGAUCUUCGGUCGCAACGGUCGUCCCUUGACUCCCCAAAUUUCGAUGCCUUUUCUCGCGAUGGCUCGCAAUCGGUGUUCACGCCUAUGCAUGCCCCCUUGGCCAAACCACGCAUAAGACACCCUCGGUUCCAAGGUCCUACUAGCUCUGCCUUCAACUUUGAUGUUGCAAGAUCUAGUCUUCAAAAUAUGGGUAUCGCUCCGGCAGAUGAAGUGGUAACGGACGAUUUGACCACCGCACAUGCCACCCCGGCCGACUCCCCUCCCCAUGUGGGCCCCGUGUUCCCUUCGAUACAUCCCUCCAAGGAUCCGAUAUGGUCCAUCAAGCGAGAUGAAGCUCUACGCCUGUGUCGCGUUUAUGAAGAGGAGAUCGGUAUCAUGUAUCCCCUUGUAGAAAUAGACCAAAUCGCUCAGCAAGUGAACUUGCUAUACACAUUCAUGGAGUCUGCGAUGCGGACUGGGUUUGCGCAACGGGGCCUGCCUGGUAUGGAUGGCCUUACUGAUGACAAUACGCUGCUUUUGAAAAUGAUACUUGCUACAACACUGGUCGUGGAGGGGGGCGGGCAAAGCGAGCUCGGGCAGCGGUUGUAUCUGAGCGUGAAGCCGACUGCUGAAUCCAAACUCUGGGAAACACUCGACAUCAAGACCAUCCAGCUCUAUGGCAUGAUUGCGACGUACCAUUUUCAUAUGGAUGACGAUGCGAUGGCGUAUCGCAUCAUCGGCCUGGCCGCGCGGAUGUGUCUUGAAAUGGGCCUUCAUCGGCGUGAUGCGCUAAACAAGAUGUUCCCCGACGAGGAACAAUGGCCUGCAGUGGUGAAAACUUUCUGGACAAUCUACAGUCUGGACCGGCGUUGGAGCUUUGGAACUGGGCUACCUUUCAUCAUCCAGGAUGAAGACAUAGACCCUAACCUUCCUGAGCCGGAUGCGUCGUUGUUAUAUCUGAAGUGCAUGAUAUCAUACAAUCGCAUCAGUUCGAAAAUCUGGUAUUCGGGACUUGGCUCUGAGGGUGCAACAGACAUACGCCGGGAUGAAAUCGGCUAUCUGGACUACCAAAUCCUGCAAUGGUACAAGCAAGUCCCGGAUGGGCUGAAAUUCUAUCCCGUCGAGUCUCCAAAGCAUGGCGAUUCGGCCAAUCGGGGCCUGCGGCGAUUAAGGGUUCUCCUAUACUUACGCAUGAACCAGCUCCGAAUCCUCAUCUAUCGCCCCGUUCUCCACUCCGCAGCGAGCAUUGCCGAAGAUAAGGGCCAUGCUCAGACGGUAGUGGAUGUUGCGAAAGAUACGAUCCGCGUGCUCACCCGACUCAAUCAGACCUCUGACAUCUACCGCAGCCAACAGAUUACCUUCAACUACUUCCUUGUUGCCGCGCUGGCAGUUCUCUUCCUUGCGGUAUGUCAUGCGCCGACGGAAUUCAACCGACAAGUGCGGGACGAGUUCUACAUGGCCCUCCAGUUGAUCAGCGGGUUCAGCACCAAGUCCUACGUCUCGAAGCGACUCUGGAAGGCCAUCAAGGGACUUCGCAAGAUUGGAGAACGACUGGGAGUGCUGAUACGGCCCUUUGGGUCCGACUCCAGUGACCCCCAUUCCACUGCGGCGGUCGCCAUGGCCGGGUUAGCUGGUCACCAAAUUGAAGACUUGUCCGUGUAUGGGCCGAUGAAUGGGGUCACGGAACUCGGAAACAGUCCACUGAAUGGGUUGCAGAUGAGCCAUGAGCUCACGAACCUGUUUGAGGCGGUGGGCGGGAUAGGGAACUUCAUUGCUCCUGGGACGUCCGAUGGAAUCAAUGGGUUUGUAGGCCAUGAUGGGGAAAUCCAGAAUACCGGGGAGGGGCUGUCCGGCGUGAUUGGGGAUGAGGGGGAAUGGUCACGGGUCAUCAGGGAUCUAUUCUAAGGUGGUUGUGUGUAGUCGAUAGAUAGCAGUAGGCAUAUCAGAUGGGUCUUCUCUGUGCACGCGGAUGGGCAUGUGCGGUCGAGGCCCAGCACGUGACAAAGCGGGAGGCGUGAAGAGAACAGCCGCCGGGUGACUUUCGGUCGCCAACCUCCCUCAAAGCUAAUCCCAGAACAUGUUCCAGUGGUGAAUUAUUGUUGGUGUGGCCACCCACCCCUCUUGAUCCGAAGGCCUCUCUGUCUUCCUGUUGUCUGUCUGUCUUUUGGGCUCCAAGUUGCCCGCCUCGCGCUAUCUCGCAGCGUCUCCCUCGCUCCCUCUCGUGUUAAGCAGCUUUCCGACCGCCCCACGAACCUAAUUUCGGAAGCCCCUCGACAACCUCCGUCGAUCGAUCCAGCAAGAGAGGCUCGAGGAUUUGUGAUUCAUUUUUACCCACACGCUGUCCCAACUGGUCAGAUCCAU